AUGCCGCGGGACCGGGAGCCCGAGGGGUCCGUGCGGGACUGCGAUGCCCUGGAAGGCCUCACCGAUAAGCUCCGCAGCGGGGAGUUCUCGGAAGCCAUCCUGGCGGCGCAGAAGGCGAAGAGUCGAGAAGUGAAGUGGGAAGGUGCCAGUGAGGGGCAGCUGAUCCUGCAGGCAAACGGUGACGUGCAGCGAGGCGACCCCUGCCGCGCCUUUGCCCCCGCCCCCAGCGUGCCAGAGGCGCCGCCGGAGGAGGAUGAGUUGGCACGCCUGCGUAGAGAGCGCCGCGAGCAGUUGCAGAAAGAGAGCCAUUGGAAGCAGCAAGGCCACGGGCAGCUGAAGGAGCUAGCCAGUGAGAAGGAGUUUGUGAAGACAAUCGCCCCCCACGAGCGUGCGGUGAUGCUCCUGGACAACGGCAGCGCGGCAGGGCAGAGGUGCAGACGAGUGCUGGGCCGGGUGGCGGGCAAGCAUUUGGAGGCUCAGUUUUGCUGGCUUCCCGCGGACCGGGCCUUCUUCAUGACGCAGAUGAUCGACUUGGAGGCCUUGCCCACGAUCUUCGUGCUGAGCUACGGGGAGGUCACCCAGCAUCUGCCACCGUCCCAGCUCUUCCGCCACGCCUCGGCCAGCUCCCCGCUCUUUGCGGGGCACCUGCGGCGUCUGCUGCACCGGGCCAAUGCCAUCACCAGCCCAGAGGGCUCGGAUUCGGACGGUUCCGACAGGCCCAGUGCCGAGAAGCUGAAAGCCAUCGAGGAGUUGAGGGCGGCCAUCCGGGCUGCAGCAGCGAAGCCUAAGAUGAAGAAGAGGGAGACAGAGGAGCUUCUUGUCUUCUGCAGCUGCGUCCGGCAGUUGGCCGACGACAGUGAGGUCUUUGCCGGGCUGAAGGAAGCCCUGCCGAGGAUCGGGGAGCAGCACCUGGUCCCGCUCAUGGGCAUCAAGCGGCCCGCGCCGAAGAAGCCCGUGGAGGAGAAGCCGAGCACCGCCGCUUCUGCGGCCACGGCGCAAAGAGUUUUGGGCCGGGUGAAGAGCUACAACACCCGCAAGGGAUUCGGUUUCAUCAUGGUGCCCGGCUUUGCGCGAGAUAUCUUCGUGUACAACUCGCACCUCAUCGGGCGUAUAGGACUCCUGGCAGGGGAGGCGGUGGUUUUUGACCUCGUGGUGGAGGGAGGCCGUCCCCAAGCCCGCAACGUGAAAGUCACUGAGGGUGAGGUGGAACCAGACCAGGGCGUUCUCACCGAAGUCAAGAAGGCGAUGGCUGAGCAGACGAUGCCCAAAAUGCCGCUCCCAGGUCAGUCGAUGUCGCGGGACAUGACGCUGGCCCUGGCCGCUGCUGCAGCAGAGGUGCCGACCACGCUGCCCCCGAAGGUGGUCAGCGCUGAGGCUUUGGUGAGAGAGCAAAUCCGCCAGGCCCAGAGCGAAGCCAGCCGGAAGGCAUCACAGCCGCAGGCAGCGCCUACCACGCCCCCGCCAGAACCGUCGAUGCCGGACGGCGCCAACAUCCGGCCAGGCAGCAAGGUUCGCGUGACAGACUUCCCGGCCCCGGAUGUGAACGGCUGCAUCGGCAUUGUGCGGAGCUUCGAGCAGCAGAACAAGAGAUACAACGUGGAUGUAGAAACGAUUUCAGGGGAGACAGUGCCCAUGUCGCUCCGUGAGGAGUACAUGAUUCCGAUUGAUGGACAGGUGCCCAAGAGCGCCCCCAAGGCUGGGCCUUUGGCGCCUCCACCACCACUGCCAGGCAGUAGCAGCCAAGGACUGCAGAAGUCAGCGGCUGAUGCUCUGAGGCGCUACGGUUUCACGCAGGCGCCUGGCGGCUGGCAGAGCCAAGGUGGGAAGGGCUGGCCCAAUGACCCGCCGCAGGAGGGUUACCAGAUGCGCCCGAAGGCAAUGCAGCAGAUGCAAGGCCCACCUGCAGGGCAGAUGGGCAUGGGCAAAGGCAUGAACAUGAUGAGGCCAGACGGCAAGGCUGCCGGUAUGUAUCCCGGUGCUGCACCACAGGCCAGACGGCCGCAGGUGGACAUGAUGCGGGGUCCCAACAAGCUGGGUGAUUCGGGCAUGUCUCAAAUGCAGUCGAUGCAGAUGCAGGCCGGGCAGGGCAGGGAUGACCUGUCCUUCAUGUCCCAGGAGACGGCGCUGCGAGACAGAGAAUUUAGGAUGCUCUGGCAGCAGCAGCAGCUGCAGCAACAGCAGCCGCAACAGCAGCCGCAACAGCAGCAGCUGCAGCAGCAGGACCAGCAGCGGCAGCAGCAGAUGAUCAUGCAGCGGCAGCAGCAACAGCAGCAACAGCAGCAGCAACAGCAGCAGCAGCAGCAACAGCAGCAACAGCAGCAGCAGCAGCAGCAGCAGCAGCAGCAGCAGCAGCAGCAGCAGCAGCAGCAGCAGCAGCAGCAGCAGCAGAGGGAGAUGCAGCAGCGGGAGCAGCAAUCGCGGGAGCAACAACAGCGGGACAUGCAGCUGCAGAUGCAGCAGAUGCAGCCGAUGCAGAUGCAGAUGCAGCCAAAGGCAAUGCCAAAGCAAAGCCAGAUGCAGCCCAAGGCGCCACCGGUGCCGCCUGGGUCCACAGACCCGGAGGGCCGUCCUGGGCAGGUUUGGGUGGUGCUGAAGAGCUCGCACUUUAACGACGUGAUUGUGCGCGAGGCCUCAGCGGUUACCAGCCGCGAGCUGCGGCGCUUGCUACCUGGCGAGGCGCUCACUCAGAGGGACUACACCAUCACGCUGCCGAACGGUCUGGUGCGCAUGCCGGUCGAGCCAGAUGGCUGGGUCACUGUGCAUGCGCGCCACAUCCACGGGCCGACCUUCAUGCAGGAAACCCCUGACACGCAACCGCUCGGCCGUGGCAUGCGCGAUGGACCAAUGCCGUCCUCAAUGGACAGGAUGGACAGGAAGGAUAGGAUGGACAGGAUGGACCGGAUGGAUCGGAUGGAUCGGAUGGAUAGGAUGGACAGGAAGGCACCGCCUCCAGAUUUCUACAAUGCCUACCGCAGGGAGGACCUCCUGAAGGCCCGGCAGCUCCUUCUUGACUCUGGGGAGGAGGCGCCAGGGCUGGGGCUCCGCAUGCUGGUGGUGCCCAACCUCGGCAAGGGCCGCGAUCACCGGAAGAAAAACCGGGACUCGGCCCCCGCGGAGUCGGACGAGGAAGCUGAAGGGCCCAUCGGAGCCGGCAGCAAGUUCCUCGAGGAAAAACCUCGGCGGCGGGAGUCUCGUGAGAUUCCUCCGCCUCCACCAAAGGAACCUGAUGCAGGGCCUGUGGCUGCCAGUGCUGGUGGCGAUGGAGAGGUCCCGGAGAAGAAGCCUGACUGCCCCACGCAGUAG